GUGUCGAAUGAAAAGCGCCAUUAUAUCUCUAAGUCUUUGUGGUAAGCAGAACAGUCAUCGCGAAUCCAUCAAUUCAACAGCUAACGUACGCAUCACAGCAUAAUCUUCUCAGUACCUACAGCCGAAUAUGUUUUAUUUUCUCCUAUUUCUGAUGUGGGCGGACGGAAUUCUAUGCAAUCGAGCUUCACAUCCUCCGAGUUUUACGGACGUCAAAAUUAAACAAACGUAUGUGUCCUGGCCUAUCAACACUCCGCUCAGUUUAAAAUGCAAAGCAAACGGUGACGGACCACUCACCGUGAACUGGUAUAAAAAUGGCCGGCGUAUUGAAACCACAGCAAACGUGUUUCAAGAUCACAAGUGGAGUUUGAAAUUUCGUAAACCGAAACUUUCCGAUAAUGGCGUCUACACAUGCAUCGUCUCAAAUGAUUUUGGUUGGAUCAAACGCAAUUACAGCCUCGAAAUUUUAGAGGGGGUUCAACAAUCCAUACCAGUUCUAGUUCCUGGCUAUCCAAAACCAGUCACAGCUAGGGUCGGUGACAGCGUAGAGCUGGAAUGCCUCGAACAGCCCAAUCCAAAAAUGACCCACUACGAAUGGCUGAAGACGGACACUUUGGAUGACAUUACCGGACUUCACGAGAAGGGCCACGGGAAGUUGAGCCCCAUGAAAUACAAGCCUUUCACAGUUGAGGGAGAAAAAGGAAGGUUCCACGGCGUAAAACUGCAAUUGAAACAUAUCACCAAAGAAGACGAAGGUUUUUACACAUGCUUUUUGUCCAAUGGCGAUGGUAUGACGCAUGGAUCGACGUUUCUCAAUGUCACGCCUGUUUCAAGAACAGAUCCUCCUGAAUUCCUCGUUCCCAAACACAAACGGAAGCAUUUCAUUGCGAGCGUGGAAAAUGAAGACGUCACAUUCUCGUGUCUCGUCCGUGGUGGGGCGCCACUCAAGUAUCAAUGGCUGUACAACGGAAAACCCUUAGAAUCAACCGAGAAACACGAAAUACGUGAAUCGGAAUUGCUCGUCAGACACGUUCUACGUGACGACGAUGGUGUUUAUACGUGCAAAAUAAAAAACGACUUUGGUCGCGUCAAGCAUAAUUUCAAGCUGAAAGUUCUCGCACGGCAGCCAUUGUUCCCGAGCCAUCCCGUUCUUCUUCCUGGCUACCCUAAAGACAACACAGCAAUGGUCGGCGAUUCCGUCGCUUUGUUUUGUGCUGAUACAAGCGACGCGCUCGUCGACUACAGGUGGUUAAAAUGGGACAAAUCCGUGAAGAGUUUUACAAAAAAGGAGCUUCUCAACACCUCGUUGUUUACCGUCGUCCAUCCAAAAUAUCACGGACAUCCUCCGCCCAACAAGAGAGGGGUUUAUUUGACGUUGAAAAAUUUGACAAUGGAAGACGAAGGGUUGUAUACAUGCCUGGUUACAAGCAGUUUCAUGGGCUACGCGUACAGAAGUGCCUUUCUGAAAGUACAACCUGCUGUCGAAAAAUUUUUCGACCAGCCAAUUUCCGUCGCUUUGUCGGAAGAAGCACAGAGCACCUCGGAAACUAUGUCGACAAUGAAAGAGGCAGCCACAACACUGUCAACGGCAACUAAAACUCGCCGCUGUUUCAACGAUGUUGAAGAGUUCGACGUCACAACUCGUUGUCAAACAACAGGCGUUUGUGCUGCCCUGUCAAGCAAGCAAACAGGAAAAGAAAAACUGUUUUGCGAUCACAAAGGGCUGUGUUCUGAGCACAAUAUUACCACGGGCGAAUGUAAAGAGAUAAGAUUUGUCGGAGUUCUGUGUUGCUGUGACGAGGAUCUUUGCAAUCGACGACAAAUCAAACUGUUCCAGAAAACAAAAAAAUCGCUCGAAAACUCUUCGGUAAAGUCGCGACUAACCCCGGUCAUUCUUUUUUCAACCAUCGUGCUUAUAAUCUCCGUUAUGCUGGGGUUGCUAGGCUACCGCUUGCGUCAGCGGAAGGCCGCUCUCAAGGAGAGCAUUGUCCACACCACGAAGCCAAGUUCACGAAAAAUUACUAAAAGAAAGGUCAUGGAAACAAGAUGGCUCAAGGAGGAUGUGUGAUUCGUUGUAACGACCGAGCAGUUUGUAAAUAAGGAUAGACUAACGACUAUUCAUUUAAAUUCACGGUAGUAUAUUAUGACAGAGCCGACGUCGAGAUGGUUUUAAUUAUUGACUAUAUGCAUUUUAAACGUCUUUGUCUGAAUGUUUACGCUUUUAUAAUGCGAAUGUUUUUGGCAACGAUGAACACCUCAUCUGAGGCAAUGAAUUAAACCUUGCUCGUAUUCAGUAACAAAGAACUUUUAUCAACUAUGGGCUGGUUCAAAUUUUGAUGAAAGUCUUAAAUUUGUGAUAAUAUCGAAUUAAAUCGAGCUGGCCAAAGGGAUAGAGUUUAUCCAUCCAUCUGCGUUUUAAAAUAUAUUAUAUAUAUAAACAUGACGAAUAUUUUUCAUUGUUUAUAUUUAUCGAGAGAUUCCUUUUAGCGGGUUUCCCCAUAAUGGUGUGUCAAUAAACACAAGAGCCUAUCUCAUGUACUCAAGAAUCGACAAUUACUACUGCAUCGUUGAUGACACUUUAGUUAUCUUGUUUUUUAGCCGGGCAUGAGAGCAGUGUCGCUCUAUUUGGUUUAAGUUUGAUCUGGUUUAAGCCUAUGAAUUGUGUUUUCUUCAUAUCCGAAAUAGAUCAGUCUGAAUAGAGUUUUUAACUGAGCAAGCGUGUAAAGACAAGCGGUCAUUAGUUUAAAACAAGAGUUUUGAAUUAAAACAACGCGUUCAAACGUACGGCGGGAAAUAUAUGGCUUGUGUAUUGAUACAUAAUAUAUACACAAAGUCUAAAAACAUAUGCGGAAGACAUGUUUAAUUGAACUGUGGUUAGCUCGUUAUUAGUGGAAUAUGUAAGAAGCAUUAUUAAAAAUUUUA